UAGAUGAGCGUAUAGAGCCACAGUGUAUAGAAGAUGUGACGAUAUUGUUUUCCGACAUUGUUGGCUUUACGUCAAUCUGUUCUUCAUGUACACCAAUGGAUGUCAUCAAUAUGUUGAAUUCCCUUUACACGAAUUUUGACAACUGUUGUGGAUUCCUGGAUGUGUACAAGGUUGAAACUAUUGGAGACGCAUACUGUGUUGCGGCAGGUCUACAUAGACCAUCAAAAUACCAUGCGAUGCAAAUUGCAUGGAUGGCCAUUAAGAUGAUGGAAUAUGCUAGUCAACAAAAAUCUCAUGAUGGAAAGGUUAUUCAGAUGAGAAUUGGUUUGCACACGGGUAAUGUACUUGCAGGUGUUGUUGGGGUAACUAUGCCUAGGUACUGUUUGUUCGGGAACAAUGUCACACUUGCCAAUAGGUUCGAAUCUGGCAGUGAAGCCACCAAAAUCAAUGCAAGUCCUACAACAGCAAGAUUAUUACAAGAAUGUUUCAAACUGACACCUAGGUCACGUGAUUGUCUACCAAAAGGCUUCCCAACAGACAUUGAAGGAACAUGUCAUUUUGUGGAAUCCUAUAAGUUCCCUCACACAGAGCUCCAAAAUGAUCUUACCACUGGCAAACAUAUUGAACUUGCUGUGAAAGAUUGCAAAAUAAAUGAGGUCGCCUAGGCGUGAAUGUCAUUACAUAUUGGUAUGUUGAUAAAUGUGAUAUC